AUGGUCGACCAGUCGAAAUGGAAGUUCAAUCAUACCAUGCUGCGGGUGAAAGAUCCCCAAAAGUCGCUCGACUACUACAAACUACUGGGCCUGAGUCUGGUCAACAAGCUCGAAUUCCCAGAUAACAAGUUUGACCUGUACUUCUUGGCCUACGACGGCCCUCAUUCUGCUUCUCCCGGCAACCACUGGACUGACCGUGAAGGUGUCCUCGAACUCACCCACAACUACGGCACUGAGAAGGACGAAAACUUUACGAUCAACAACGGCAAUAAAGACCCCCACAAGGGCUUUGGGCACAUUUGUGUGAGCGUGGACAACAUCCAAGCCGCCUGUCAGCGGAUCGAGGAUGCGGGCUACAAGUUCCAAAAGAAACUUACGGAUGGGCGCAUGCGACACAUCGCGUUUGCCCUUGAUCCUGACGGAUACUGGGUCGAGAUAAUCGGGCAAAAGAACGUGGAUGAGACCAAGGAUCUCACCACUACCGACACAUCAGCAUACCGAUUUAACCAUAGCAUGAUUCGGGUCAAGGAUCCUGAGAAGAGUCUCAAGUUCUAUCAAGACGUCAUGGGUAUGACGCUACUUCGUACUUCGGAGCAGAAGGAGGCAAAGUUCAACCUGUACUUUCUUGGGUACCCGGGCGACUUUGCCGUUCCCAAGCCAGAAGAUACCCCGAAUGGAGUCAAUCCUCUAGCUAAUAAGGAAGGUCUGCUGGAGUUGACCUGGAACUACGGCACCGAGACACAAGAAGGCAAAGUCUACCACAACGGUAACGAUGAGCCUCAAGGAUUUGGACAUAUCUGCAUUAGUGUCGACGACCUCGACAAGGCGUGCCAGUUCAUGGAAGGUAAACAAGUCAACUGGAAGAAGCGGUUGACUGAUGGCAGAAUGAAGAACGUGGCUUUUGUGUUGGAUCCGGAUGACUACUGGAUUGAGAUCAUCCAGAAUGAAAAACUGAAGAAAACUACCGACUGGUAG